CUUUCUUCUAUACCAUUCUCUCUCUGCUUCCUCCGUUAUAAGCCCAUGAUUGCAGCAGCUUCGAAGAGGUUUUGUAUGGCAACGAAGUCCAUAGCCAAUCUCAUGGAGAGCAGCAACAAAAACCCAAUUAUUUUUUUAUCAGAGGAAUCUUGGAAAAGCCAGAGAUUGAGGGUUUUAGCCCAACAACUCAGAGAAUACAAGCCCUCAGUAUCCUCCUAUUUUAGAGAGAGAGAGGUCUAUUUCUCCUCAGGAAAACCGGGGAGAGCAGCGGUCCUCAUAUGCCUCUUUGAGAACGAAUGUGGAGAUCUGAGGGUUAUUCUUACCAAGAGAUCAUCUAAUCUCCAUACUCAUUCGGGAGAAGUCUCACUUCCAGGUGGAAAAGCAGAGGAAGGAGAUGCAGACGACACAGCGACCGCGUUGAGAGAGGCGAGGGAAGAGAUCGGGUUGGACCCUGCUCUUGUUCGCAUCGUAGCCGUCCUCGAGCCCUUUUUAUCCAAGCAUCUCAUGAAAGUGGUACCAGUAAUAGGCAUACUCUCAGACAAGGAAGCUUUCAAACCCAACAUAAACCCGGAAGAGGUGGAUUCCAUUUUUGACGCUCCAUUAGAGAUGUUCCUCAAGGAUGAGAAGAGGAGGAGCGAGGAGAGAGAGUGGCGGGGUAGCAGGUAUUUGCUUCACUACUUCGAUUUCUUGUCCGAAAAUGGAAAGAUGUAUGUGAUAUGGGGUUUAACGGCUGGGAUUUUGAUAAGGUCUGCAUCCAUUAUCUACCAAAGGCCCCCUGCUUUUAUUGAGGUGCCGCCUAAUUUCAUUGGCAACAAUUGAUGACAAAUAAACCCUUCUUUCCGAGGGGCACGUGUGAAUGAAAAUUGUACCACACGUGUGGAUAAUGUGUAAUCCACAUAACAGGCACCCACCCUUGUGGAUGAUUGUCAUUUUAAAUUGAUGGUUUUCGAAUUGGAAGAUGGUUGGGUCACU